GCCACCGGCGCCACCACGUCGCAGCGGGCUUUCUUUUCUCUUGGCACUUUGCCGCGCUUUCACUUUCACGUUUGUGUGUGCACGAAUGAAUGAAUGAGCGAGCGUGUAACGGCAGACAUCGAAUAUUCCCUAACAUAACAACGAUAAAGAAGCCUUCUCUACAAGAUGUCAUCGAACAAUGUCUCGCUCGAGAUCAAGGAAGUUACUGAGCUGCUGUCUUCUGCACGCAUAAAGGAUGCUUGCAAAGUCAGUUUCGCGGAUCAGCACCUCAAGCUGGACACCGAGAAAGAAGCGGCUGGCGUUGUUGCUGCAAUUGAAGAAUCGGGUCCGUGCUUGGAGAGCUUAUGCCUUGAAGGCAAUACUCUAGGACAAGAUGCGGCAAGAGCUAUUGGUAAAGCGCUGGAGAAAUGUCCAGCUCUCAAGUGUGCCCUGUUGAAGGACCUUUUCACUGGACGUCUGAAAAAUGAGAUACCGGAUGCCUUGCGGUUCCUGAGCAGUGGCAUCCUGCUUUCGGGAGCCCAGUUGGUGGAGCUCGACUUGAGCGACAAUGCACUUGGGCCAGUUGGUUCCCAAGGACUGGUGACGUUAUUCAGUUCUAGAGCCUGCUGGUGUCUGGAAAUCUUGAAGCUGAACAAUAACGGUCUCGGACCUGCUGGGUCUCAGGUGCUGUUUGGUGCCCUGCGUAAAGCGCUCAGAGACAGUAAGGAUGAUCCCUUACGCGCACCCAUGCCCCUCCGGAAACUUGUUUGUGGCCGGAACCGUUUGGAGAAUGUUGGUGCCACUGCAUUAGGAGAGCUCAUCAAGGAACUGGGAACAUUAGAAGAGCUAUUGCUUCCUCAAAAUGGCAUCUUCAAGGAAGGUGUGGAAGCACUUGCUAGAGGGCUCGAGUGCAACAAGCGACUCCGUCUACUCAACCUCAACGACAACAUCCUUACGCCUGCGGGGGCUAGGAACCUUGCACAGGCACUGCGUCAUUUUGAGGACCUAGAAGUGCUCAACCUCGGUGACUGCCUUCUGAAGACAGCUGGAGUGCAAGCUGUGGCCGACGUGUUGAAAGAUGGACAUCCGCAACUUCGGGAAGUGCACCUGGACUACAAUGAAGUGUCUCUAGUGGGAGGGUUGGCAGUAGUAAAGGCUAUGUCAAAUAAAGAGUUUCUGGAGGUCCUAGAGCUGGAUGGAAACUGUUUUGGUACGCAAGGCAUCGUGGAACUUGAGGCAGCCAUGGAAGCCGUUGGCAAGUUAGACAAACUGUGCGCAUUCAGUGAUGAUGAAGGGUCCUCUGCAAGUGAAAAUGAGGAUGAAGAGGAGGAAGAUACUGAUCAAAGUGCUGAAGAAGAGGACGUUAAGCAGGAGACUCCACAAAUGAAGCUGAUCGGUGUGCCUCUGAAAGGCGAGUCUACGAGCCCAGGUGCAACGGUCAAGUCGGAACCGUCGGAAUCUGAAAGUGACGUCUCAUCGCUUCCAAGCGAUUCUGAGGAGUACUGGAGUGAUGACAUUAUGCUAGAACUAGAUGACUACGACCCUUUCUCCACAGACCCUUUCUCUACAGACCCUCUGCCACUUCAUCCUGUCACAGGUGAAGGGGCAGGCAGUGCGAAUGUGCCAUCCGAUGACACUUUCAGAUGCCUCUGCACUCAGUGUACACCAGUGGAGGCUGACGAACACCUGUGCUGCAGGUCUGUUAGCCGGGUGCUGGCUGUCUGUGAGAGUGCAGGGGUCAGCUGUAUUACCGAUCACCCGCUCUUCAACGACGUGUGCAUGCGGACGGAGCUCUUGGUGGUUCACGCACACGUCAUUUGCCGUAAUGUCCGCCGCAUGCGUCUUCUCGAUCCACUUGACAAUAGGCGUCUGCGAUUCACCGCCUAUUGUUCCUUCAUAAGCUGGAUUUACGGCUGCCGUGGCACAAGAAAUCAAAGGAAGGUUCCAGGUUGUGCUGUGCGCAGAAUCAGGACUCUCUACCCGUCAAGUUCUUAUUGUGGAUAUUACGACUAACAUUUGCUGUCUGAAGAGCUGGAGUUUAGGUUCAAAUUGACAGGGUGGUACUUGAUUCCUUCGUUCCAUACAGAAUAAUAUGAGCAUGGCAAGUGUGGAAGCUCGAUGUGCUGAAAAAAAAAUCCCAAUAUUUAAGUGCAAGAGAAAAAUCUUACCAUGUUGUACAUAUCACAGUAAUUCCACUCCUGCACGAAAUGCACCAAAGUGCUCCAAAACAAGCAGUUAUGACUUAGGUGUGCCAUUUUGUGUUACCUCUCACAGCCAAGAGAAGCUUCCCCCGAAAUGGAAGAAACAUGAGAAAGGGCGAGGUAUUGUCUCAUGCACUUGCCACCGUACUCGUUCACGAGUUUUAUUGUGCUAGGGAAAUCACUACAAGUGUUUAAACACAGCAAUACUGAGAUCUAGUGAGGAGGAAAUGGGGGGGGACACUUAUACAGGCGUGGAUCUAGGGAUCGUGGAUCUAAUUCUGUCAAGUCGAGCCCCCAGGAUGCUAUUCCUCUUGAAAACACAAGAGGGGGGAGCAAUUGCAUACCUGCCAACUCUCCCGAUUCAUCCGGGAGACUCCCAGAUUCGGACCGGUUUGUACGGUUGUACGGCUGAGAAGCAAAUCUCCCGGAAAAUGCAGUUUCCCUCUCUAUAUCUCAAAUGCCUGCUUUUUCUCUGGGCACAGACGAAAACGUCAAUCCAAUACCAGCCCAAUCGGCAUCGGCAUCUCUGCCGCUUCCUCUGUUUACGGACCUUUACCUUUACAGAGUUCAGGGGUUCUGGUCGUGGUUCUAGUUCAAGCACUUUUAGUUUCCAGGCAUUUCCUCCAUGUUUUCGGGCAACAAAGGUGCCUUUGCACUAGCUGUUUCAACCUUGCGUACCUCACAAACAGAACCUCGACCUCGCAAAGAGAACAGAGUCAUAGUUUUGUGUCCUCACGUUCUCUAGAGAAAGUGUCAUAGCCUUGCCACAGCUUGACACCCAGAUAGUUUUUUCUUAAUAAACAUGUUGCCUAUACCAUGUGGACACAUCUGUGUGUCCCCAAGCACUGAAGUAGAGGUAUGGAUGUUGCUAGUGGGCGGUGGUUUCUAAGGGCCACUACAUUCCAGUGAGGCGAUACCAAGGUAUGUUGCGUCCAGAUGACACUGCAAAUCCUCUGCACUUUUACCUCCACUGCGCUCUGAGCGGUUGGCCAUAACAUGCGAUGACGCAAAGUGGUGGGAGGGUUAUGCGGGUCGACAUAUCUGCAGAUCUUUCGUCGUUCACUUCCUGCGUGACAUGCAUUUAGGAAGCAUUUACAGUGUGACAUUUGUUUGUUAGCACUGGCACUGUUUAAGUACACCUCCAUUUAGGUUUUCGCCAUUGGUGGGCACCGCUCAGCAAUAAAAUGAAUAGUUCCCCCUAAUUUUGGUUUUUGCUGCGAUGUGUCCAGCAGCAAAUACAAUGAACAUGGGUGACCUCCCUGUAACAGGAGACCGCUGUUCUGCAGCCACCUUUAAAAAAAUCUUCCGUUUGUAGAAAGAGCAUGUCAGAGAACGAAAAGAAGGUAGUUGUGACUCCUGGCAUAGACCAGUGCAGCCCAAGCGCGUAUAAGCAGCACGUGAGAAA